AUGUCGUCAUUGCUCGCGUCCACUUCCACCGACCAGGAGGACUUGCUGGUCAAAGCCAUGCUGGUGGUCCUUCAUCAUGGCCAAGGCCUUCUCUCUCUUCAAGACAUUGGACGGUUGUCUAUCACUUCCAAAGCCAUUCAGAAUACUGUGGAAGACUGUCAUGUUUGGAAAUCUGUAUUCCAAGACAUUUCGCCCGAUCCAGUGCCGCUAUCAAUCCUCAAUGCCGCAAGAGCAGUCACAUGGAACGGUGAACAAGGAUUACUUCCUUGCUUUACCGCUCCGGAUUCUCCAGCGAGUGGGCUACAAAAAAGCAAUUGGACUACUCCUGUCCAAGACGUCCAACACGAUUCGGCGGCUUGGACGUGUGUCAAGACUAGAGCCAAGGAAAUGUUCCUUCUCAAUUACAAGGACUUGGAUACAUUGCCGAGUGCGACUGUGACGCCUGGUACAGGUCCUGGUGGUAAGACAUCCACCAUGUACGCCUAUAACGAUGUCAAACAGAAAUCCUUUGAGAAGUGGGGUGGAGCCGCUGGUCUCGAGGCAGAGAUUUGUCGUCGCGUCAUCAAGGCUAACCAACGCUAUGUACAAAAGCAGAAUUCGGACAAGCCCAUGAAAAAGCGACCCAAAAUCAUGCAUCAAUCAACACGUCCAACGGACGAUCCAGCCCUUGUGGUAUCCCCUUUGCUUUCCAAUCUCCCCAUUGGCUUUGUGCAACGCAAGAGCAAAUGCAUUAGGAUGGUUGGCAAUACCUUUGGUCACCUGUUGAUGGAGCAUGGUGUCUUGAGAGGGCCCGGCACAAACCUGGAGCCCGUGAACCACCCUCGGAGUUUGUAUCUGGACCUAAACGAUGUUGUGGGGCUCCCAACCGAGCUGGUCCAUUGCUUCGCCAAUGCUGACUUUUCUCAGUUUCGCAACCAAACUGGAGUCGUUCUAGCAGGAGUGGUCGACAGCGUCUUUCGUCCAAGACAAAAUGGUGACCAGUUGACAAUUGUUUGUCAUGAUGAUUUCACCCGCAGCUUCUUUGAAAAUGCCUCGACGGUGACGGCCUAUUGCAAGACUGGAAACGGUCAUACUGCCCAUAAGGAGCUCUUCGAUGUUGCUGGUGGUGACGCUAGUGGAUAUCAUGCAACUUUUUGCAAGGAAAACCUCCUCGGGGAGCUCGUGGUUGCUCUUGGGUUGACGCAAACGUCCCCCGUUCAGUUUCUUGCUGGGAUUCUUGCUCAUAUGUACUCGGCAAAGUUCUUGAAGUGCAUGUAUAUGGAAGACGGCGUCGACGAUCCCCGCAAUCGUGGCUUUGAGGAAGUACGUCUCCUCAAAGAAGCCAUUUUGAUGCUGAAGGCGGCACAGAAUGAUGAGGACGACGACGAACACGAAGACAACUUUUGUGGUUGUGGGUGGUGCCGCUGA